AUGCAUCGCUGGUUCUUUGCCAACGAGCGGGAAGAAUGCGUUCUCAAGCCACCCAAGGAGGAUGCAAAUGCGGAGCUCAAAGAGGCGCCCAAGAUCGAGGAGAAGGAGCCGAUCUACAUGGAUUGGCCAUUCUGUGUGAUGGUGCGAAGACCGUUGCAAGGCAACGAGGUGGCUGCGAUCAGUGGCAACUGCGAUGAGUUGGGCAACUGGGAUCCGAAGCGCUUCAUUGAGAUGGACCGAAGUGCCAAGUACAUGGAUGAUGGCUACGAGACGCAUAAGUUUACCUUAACUCUGCGCAUUCCACGUCACAUCGAUGUCGAGUAUCGAUAUUUGAUUGUAGCCGUCGAUGCCAUGCGAGACGUGAGCAUGGUGCGUUUCUGGGAGGUUCACAAUGUGCCACGUAUCAUACGCACUUGCCACAAUCUGUUGAAGAACUGCGACUACUUUGGUCAGCAGUAUGUGGAGGGCGAUCAGCAUCAAGUGAAUCGCGGCUGGGCAACCGAUGAAACUUACGUUCAAUUCAAGAUCUUCAAUGCUCCGUUUAUUUGGGGGAAGCAGAAGCCACGCGUGUUGCACGUUUACUUGCAACCGAUGUACGAACUGGAGCCAGCGCUGUGUGCAUUGGAAACUGCACAAAAUGUGCGAUUGACGACCGAAAGUAUCUUUCAUCGUAAUCCUUCGCUUGAAACGCUGCAAAAUACUCAAUUAGCUCACACUGAGGUUGUGAAUUUGCGUUACUCGGUCAAGUUGCACUUUCAGGCAUCGAGUGGCGCGCGUUGUGGCUGCGAUGAUAUGCAACUGUUUCACUGCUCAGUUUAUAACUUUGAGCAGACUUUUUACCGCCUCGAUCUCUAUACUUUUGCCUAUAAAUCUGGCUACGAUGAGCCACCUUAUCACUAUGGUUAUGGCUUCAUUUUCCGUCACCAGCUGCUCAACUCUGAAGGUUCCUUACGCAUCAAAUUCAACUGCGCUUCAACGCAUCGUCCGCUGAUCGAGCUGAAUGUCAAAUAUUUGAUCAUCAGAGCUCUGCCCAACAUCAAGUGCAAUCUGCGUGUUUCAUAUGCUCGUUAUUGGCGACAUGGACAUGAGGUUUUAGAGAUCGGACAUCGAGGCACUGGGCCAACUUAUCGCGUGGAUGAUCAUGUGUAUCGCGAAAACACUUUGUUGGCCUUUCGACGCGCCUUUCACAAUCGCGCUGAUAUGAUUGAGUUUGAUGUCAUGUUAACGAAGGAUGCUCAGGUGAUUGUUAAUCAUGAUUUUGUACUCAAGUUUGCUCAGAGCUGCGAAGCACUUCUCGACAAAACGUUGGACAACACGGAUGUCUUUGUUUUUCCAAGUGAAUCUUUGAAUCGCUUAAAGUUACUCGCUAUGGGCGCUGUGAAGCAUAACGAUCAUCUUUUGCUGCCCAUUCAAGCGUUGAAUUACGAGGAUUUGCUGCUCGCUCAGGCGAUGCGUUAUGCCGGCAAUGAAGGCUGCAAUCUCAAUUGUGAUGCUUAUCUGCAGUCGCAGAAACCUUUUCUGCUGCUCAGCGAAUUGUUUGAUGUGGAGACUUCGGCACUGCCCGAGAAACUCGGUUUUCUCAUUGAGAUCAAGUGGCCGCAACGAGAUAACAGCGGACGUUGGGAGGUGAAUAGUUGCAAGCCAAGUUUCGAUCGCAACUUUUAUGUGGACACCAUUUUGGAGCUGGUCUUUAGAUUGGCUGGCAAACGUCGCAUUUUCUUUAGCAGCUUUGAUGCAGAUAUUUGCUUGAUGGUGCGCUUCAAACAGAAUCUUUAUCCGGUUCUAUUGCAAGUCCUCGAUCAUGAGAAUCCUGUUCAAUUUCUCGAUCAACGUGUCAGUGUACUGGACAAUGCUUUGUUCUUCUCCCACAACUUAGAGCUGUUUGGCUUGAGUGUGCCAACGAAUGUUGUGCUGAGUAAACCGCUGACAGUUGGCCAAAUACGCGAGUUUCGUUUACAGGUUUUGAUUUGGGGUUCGCACAAUAAUGACAUCGCUGUGCGGGAUAAACUGAAGCGUUGGGGCGCCACUGGCGUUAUUUACGAUCGCAUCGAUCAGCCCAAUCAGAAAGGCGAGCAGAUGCAGGGCGUGGUCUGCUGCAUCGACUCGGAGGCCACAAGGCCCACCAUCAUAUCCAUGGAGUACAUGGAGAAGAUCAACAAGUGUCGCAAGCCAUUUUGA